UGAUAAGACCUCCCCACCCAUAAUUUUAUUCCGCGGGAAAAGAAAGUUGCGAUGUCAAUUGUCUUGACAACUCGGGCAGGUCAAAGUUCAGUGUGGGUGUUGUUGUUGAAACUCAAAAUUAAUUCAUUUAAAAGUAGAAUUUGGUCAUGAAGAGGGAAGAUAUUUUGUUACUUUUUGAUGUGGACGGUACACUGACACCACCACGAUCUGUGAUAGAUCCAACCAUUGAAUCAUUCCUGUAUGAGAGAAUAAAACCCAAAGCUACCAUUGGGAUUGUCGGUGGAGCUGAUUUGGAGAAAAUGUUUGAGCAGUUAAACGGCAAAAAGAUCCUUCAGGAGUUUGAUUAUGUCUUCCCUGAGAAUGGGCUUGUUCAGAUAAAGAAUGGCCAGGAAGUUGGAAAGGAAUCCCUCAUUAGCCACUUGGGUGAGGCUACAAUUCAGAGAUUCAUUAACUACGUCCUCCGCUACCUGGCUGACCUGGAAGUUCCAAUCAAGAGAGGAACAUUCCUUGAAUUUCGCAAUGGAAUGAUGAAUAUCUGCCCUGUUGGGCGUCAAUGUAGCUGGAGUGAGAGGCAGCUCUUUGCCGAAUACGACCGGAAGCAUGGUGUGAGGGAGAAGAUGAUCCAAUCGCUGCGUGAGGAGUUUGCAGAUGUGGAUCUAACGUACAGCAUUGGAGGCCAAAUAAGCUUUGACAUCUUCCCACGAGGCUGGGAUAAGACCUACUGCUUGAAUUUUGUGGAAAAAGAUGGAAAUUUCAAGGAAAUUCAUUUCUUUGGUGACAAAACCGAACCUGGUGGGAAUGAUUAUGAAAUCUUCUCCGACUCCCGGACCAUUGGGCACAAAGUACAAAGCCCCGAAGACACUAAACGCAUUUUAGAAGAAAUUCUCCUCUAAAACUGACCAAAACAAGCUUCCUACAUUCCAUAAAUUCGAAUAAAAUAAUUUUG